GCAGUGGCUGUGCUUGGCUCAGACUGGGAUCUGCUGCUGCUGUAGAGAAUAUCUGCAGACACUCUGCACAUCACUGGACAGCCACAGGACCGAGUCCCCUCUGCUGAGAGAUGUACUGAGCGAGAACAUCCAUCCAUUCGUGGGACAAGCUGUGAAUCUGGGUGACUUCCCAGGCUGAAAGAAAGACAUGUUGUGAACAAUGUCUUACAUAUCCGAUGAGGGUCUGGUCCAAGCUGGAUCUCCGGCAGUAAGCCAUCCAUCAGGUUCCACUCAAGCACCCAGUAUACCACAGGUCCCACAAGGAAUAACAAUCCAGUUGACCAAAGUGCAGAGUGAAGACAAUUGGGAUGACGUAGAUGAGAGUGAACUGAUUUUCAGUCUGGAUCAAGAUGAUGAUGAUGGAACUUCAGUAUGUGCAAGUGAAAUGUCCAAUUGUCCAGUUUAUGUUAAGUCAGCUGCUUCCCCUGGGACUGUGGUCAAUGAGCUUGCAUUAGCUGCCUACGAGUGUGUAAGUGAUGUGUUCCUGUGUAAUGAGAGCCAAAAAAGCAGUUCACCUCUACUGCCAAGUUCACCUACAUCUAAGCCACUCAUCAACUUAGUGAAGUCUCUCUCUACUGAAAUUGAUUCCAAGGACCCUUCUCCUCAGAAGACUCAUCCCUUUGUUAAUCUUGUGAAGUCCAUCUCUACGGAAAUAUCCCGUUUGGAACCUGAGGUCACUCAGUCUAAGUCAGACUCCAAACUCAAUGUCCAUCUUUGGAGGCAAAUCACCCAAACAAAAAACAAGAACGGGGACUCCAGGACAGUCCCGUCUUCACCCAGUAUGUCACCUUCAGAAAGCAAAGGGAUGUUUUUUAAUGUGCAAGAAGUAGAGGCCAAGUUAGAAGAUACCAAAAGGAGAUUGUCAGAAGCCAUGCAAGAACCAUUAAGUAUGCUUAGUAAGAUAAUUGGAGAAGAGACAAGUCCAAACCCAAAAUAUAGGACUAUGUCACCAGUAUUUUGCGCACCGGAAUCAUCGAGCAGCCAUUUGCGGGAUCAAGGGUUCUUUGAUGGAAAGAACACUUUGCCAAUUUAUGAAAGAGAGGAAGAAGAGGAUACCACGGGUUUUCCAGAUGACACCGUCAAAACAGUACACCACCAUCCUGUAAAAAACUAUUGUAAAUAUAAGAUUUGUUCCUACGGUGAUAUGAUCCAAGUGGUGGAACUGCCAACUAAUAAUGGUGCAGAGGAAGAUGAAGAUAAGCUUGACUCCUGCUGCCAGACUCCCCAUUCUCACAAUGAUGUGCCAUGCGGUGUUCUGGUGUGUGUUGCAAUCCUGGCAUACAACUUACUCAUUUGGCCACUUCCUGCUUACAUUUCAGGACUUUUUAUGGGCCUGAUCAGUGGAUUCAUGAUGGGAUUUUUUAUUAUUUUAUUGUUGGUGCCCAAAAGGAACUAUUCUUGUAGACACAAACAAUUUGUGCAGGAGAGUUUUCAAUCCCUUCUAAUGGAAUCCAAAUCACAAGAGCCUGAAGUGUUGAAGGGAUGGAUGAAUGAAAUGUUCUCUUACGACCCCGAGACAUACCACCCGGCUCUCACUCACUCCGUGUUUGUAACGUUGGAAGGCAGGACCAUAACAAGGUCCUACUCGGGAAGCAAUCUUCCACGGAGAUCAAUAUUCGGAGAGGAGAUAUCUGAAGUUGGAUUUGUUAAUCAUCAAGUCCAUGACUUGACCAAUGCACAGGUAUUUCUAUAUCCGUAUGGCCUAGCGAAAAAGAGAUUAUGGAACAAGAAAUAUCCAAUAUGCAUCCAGCUCUGCGACACUAAUGACCUAACUUCCGAUAACCUUGAACUUGGCUACCAAGGUGAUAUUUGUGAGGAACUCCAGAAGCCGAAUCUAGAGAACAUUCAAUCAGGACUCAGUGAAGGCAAAGGUUCUAUUCUCUACCUGUUUGGGAGAACAGGAAGACAGAAGGAAGAAUGGUACCAAUAUCUGGUGAGAGCUUCCCAAGGAACCGUCAAUGAAAGGCAAAGUGCCAACAGAUUUGAGAGCAAAACAGGUGUUCAGCCAGGCCCUUUAAGCAGCCAGACUACCUGGGGGGACUCCGUUAAUAGUACUGGGGAGAGUGCAGAAGAGGAUGUCCCAUGUAUGUCCAAACCCAGAGACCUGGCGGGCAAUCUUAAACAAAAAGUAUUUCUGGAUUACACAGCCUACAUGUCUCGAUUUAUCCCUUCCGAACAAAACAGCCCUGUGCAGAGCCCAUGUCAAAGUGCCGCCAGCAGCCCUACUCCUCGGAAAAAGCCCUUUGUUGAACAAUCUUUCUCCAACACUGCUCAUGUGUCGUGGGUAAAUGCUCUCAUCGGACGGAUUUUUUGGGACUUUCUGAGGGAGAAGUACUGGGAAGAUAUGGUGGUCAAUAAGAUUCAGAAAAAACUUAGUAAAAUCAAGCUACCACAUUUUAUGAACGAACUGACCCUUACAGGUUUGAACAUGGGGACAUCACUGCCACAAAUCCUCUCCACCUCUGUUCCAACUAUGAAUGAGAGAGGGCUCUGGAUUGAACUAGAUGUUAAUUACAGUGGAUCUUUCCAAGUGACAUUGGAGACAAAAAUGAAUUUAUCCAAGUUGGGAAAGGACGCACCAAUGGAGGCUGAUGAGCAGACAAAAGACAGGAGAGAUGGAAACGUCACAUCGAGAAUAAGAAUCUUGGCAGACAGUGAUGAGGAGUCUUCCAGUGCGGGUUCCUCUGAAGAUGAAGAGGUCUCUAUUGCAGAACCUCCAGGUUCUGUGGGAGAUCGAUUAAACCCAACUAAUGCUGAAUGCUUUACAGGUGGGAGCAGCACCAGCCGCAAGAUUCUACGGUUUGUGGAUAAAAUUACAAAAUCUCGCUACUUUCAGAAGGCAACGGAGAAUGAGUACAUCAAGAGGAAGAUCGAAGAGGUGUCUAACACACCUCUACUGCUCACUGUAGAGAUCCAGGAAUUAGAAGGAGCUCUAGCUGUGAAUAUCCCACCACCACCCACAGACAGAAUCUGGUACAGCUUCCAAAUGCCACCGAGGGUGGAGAUGAAGGUACGGCCCAAACUCGGAGAGCGUGAGGUGACUUUCAUCCAUGUGACAGAGUGGAUCGAGAAGAAAUUGCAAGACGAAUUCCAGAAAAUUUUAGUAAUGCCAAACAUGGAUGAUAUAUAUUUUCCAAUCAUGCAGUCUGGUGUAGAUAGUAGCAGACAACCACAGGCUGAAACAGAAAUAGCGCCAUCACUUUGAGCAGAUUGUUUUGCUUGCUUGAGUGUUGUCUCAUCAAAGGACCUUUCGUGGAAACCCGAAGUGAAUUUAAAAGGGAAAUGCCCAUAUAUAGAAGAGCUUAACUAAAAACAACACCAUGUGGAUGGAAUCCAGGUUUGUGAUCUAGAACUUCACAAUUACUCACCUCUAAACAAAGUUUCGCCUACAUACUCUGACUUCUUGGUCUUAAAACCUACCGUUAGACAGAUGGAUUUAAAUAAGAAUGUCUCAUCAAAACCCAACAAAACAGAUGAAAACAGUAAAAUUGAUGGAUGUGUCCAUGGCUACAGGAAGACAAGCUAUCUUCACCAACAUCGGAGGUCCAUAUUUAUUUCUCUUCUUCUUUGUCGUCUCUGCAAUCCCUUGUUUUUGGCUUUCAAGACGCAGUAGAUAUGUUUGACUGCUGAUGAAUGAAUUAUUGAAUGAGGUGCUGUAUUAUAUUAGUAGAAUGUAGUAGAAUUUUUCAACGUAUUGGUUAAUUCCUUGCCUCUGUAAAUGUUAAGAAUCUAAAGCAAUAAUGAACAAGUACUGUCCGCCACCAUAAAAGAGGAACCAUCCCCCCGUUGUCCAGUUUCCAUUAACUGGAUAUCUCCAGAUUCUGUUGGGUGUGCAUUUUUGCAUAUAUUGAUUUAUACCACAAUUGAUUAGGGCAGCAUUGAUCCUCUGUUAUAGACUUGAAACUUAAUGACUAGUAAUAAUUUGUGGACCUUUCAAUAUUUAUUUUCAGCAUAGGAACUAGUACCUAAUAUAACAAAUGUCUUUUACAUCUGGUACCUUUUGGCUUUUAGAUAUGUCUGUUUUCUGCAUAAUUCAAGUGACUAUUAGAAUAAAGUGUUGAAAUAUG